AUGGCUCCUGGUCAGCUGCUCUUCCGCCAGCUAUGCCGGACUGGCACCAAGUCCACAAAGCCCCUAACAAUUGUCGGACUGGCUGGCUCUUCGGCGCUGACUUAUUGCACUUUAAAGAAUUACAUUCGAGUCGCCGAGUGCCGUGCGAAUUUCAGAAAAAUCUAUGCUCAUCUUCACGAGCCCUGGCUACUGGUACCAAUCCAGGCUCAAAUUGCCGCCAACUCUUCCCUCCUUGUGAAACUUUUGACGCUUCCGGUGGCACUCGUCACUACGACUUACACGAUCUUACGGUUAACUUUUAGAGCGCUUUAUCUUGGCCUUCGUUUCGUGCCUCUAUUCUCGUUCUACCCUCUAACCAGUCGAGUUGAGAGACUAGAUGAUAUUUGGUGGAAAGUAUUGUUAUGGCUCCUACAAGGCAGCGGGCCUACCGUAAUCAAACUUGGGCAGUGGGCUUCUACUCGGAGGGAUAUUUUUAGCAAGCGUUUUUGCGAUAAGCUCUCCAUCCUGCACACCAACACCAAGGGUCCGAAGUUGUUCCGAGAGUGCGAUGAGAUCCUAAAAGGCCUUUUCGGUGACUACGCAAUAAAAUACAAAAAGGAAAUUUUCCAAAAUAUUCGUCCCUACUCGGUGGGAUCGGGCUGUAUUACGCAUAUCUAUCGCAUGACCGUCGAUAUGGAAGCGCUUGAAAUGUUUGCCGGGUAUACGGUAGAAGGGCUACGCGGAAUCCAGGAUAUUGUAAUAAAGGUGGCGGACAAAGGUAUAGAAAACCAGAUCCGAACCGACAUGAAGAUCAUCCGGCAUUUGGCCGGUUUUGCGCAGGUCGUCUAUCCGCCAUUACGAUUUUUGGACCCUAUUGGAUCGCUGGAUCAAUUCGAAAUGGUACUGCGGAGACAGGUCGAUCUCAGGAAUGAGGGAAGAGCGUUGCAGAAAUUCGCCGAAAACUUCGAACACGGCAAGCUGAGGGUCCAUUUUCCGAAAGUGGUGGCUUACAACGAGAGAGCUAUUGCGGAAACCUUUGAAAAAGGAGACCACUUUGAGAAUUUAUUGGCUGGCCAUGGGCAUACGAAUGCCCAUCAAACCGAAGCAGUACGUCAUAAAGUUGCCGUGAUGGGUGCCAGAGGAUUCUUGAAAAUGGCUUUCGUCGACAAUUUUAUACAUGGCGAUUUGCAUCCGGGGAAUAUUCUGAUACGAUUUAACGACGGCGAAGAUCCGGAAGUCCACCACGCAGAACUAAUUGGCUCCAGAAUUUCUCGAUAUUGGCAAGAAGCCAAGGCUCUACUUCACUGGCGUGGGGAGCCGAAAUUAGCAUUUACGAAUCGUGAGGGAUGGAAUGACGAACCGACACUGAUUUUAUUAGAUGCAGGUAUCGCCAUGUCGCAAACCCCUGAAAAUCGCGAGCGCUUCCGGCAAAUGUUUAAAUAUAUAAUCGGAAAUAAGGGCUACGAAGCCGGUAAAUUCUUCCUCACCUACAAACCCGAGAUCCAACAAUGCAAAGAUCCAGACGCGUUUUGCAAAGAUAUCGAAAAACUGGUCGCCAAAGCCAGGGUGGAUAGUUUGAAGCAUACGAUAAACGUUACGCAGACGUUUAACGACAUGUUCAUGAUUUUGUGGAAGCAUCAUGUGAUGAUCGAUUCAUCUUUUACUUCGGUGAUGUUGUCGAUGAUGGUUCUCGAGGGUUUCGGCAGGACGCUGGAUCCAAAACUGGAUCUCUUCAAGUGCGCGCAACCGUUUCUCCUCGACGUCCUUUUC